AUGCCAGAAAUAACGUCUCCUUUGGCACCACCACCGUCGUUGGCAUCUUCGGAACAACAAGAACAAGGGUAUGCCGAGAAGGCAUUAUUGAACCAUUUAAUAGAACUGAGAAAGAGUCAUAACAAAGCAGGAAUAACCUUAUCAGUGUUACCUAUUUUUUUCGCAUUAUCGUUCUGCUCUUCGGGAACGUAUUGGGUCUUUCUUUGUGUGGCGGCUGCGGAAAUUGCUUUUCAAAUAGCAUUAAAUACAAUCAUCACGAGUACUCUAAGAGGAUUUUUGGCAACGAAUAUCGUGCGAAUUUUUGGCAUGAUUCUGGUCCAAAUAUUAGUGUACAUGCUAUUCGGCCCGCAUUUUCCUUACCAUGUUCUUUCUACUUUCAAAAUUCUCAUCACUACAAAGAAUUUUUGUUUCAAUUUGAGGUUUAUGCUUUUGGCAGGAUUUGCUCUUGUAUUGGGCUCAUGUACAGCCAUGCUCAUUUCAUUUUGGAAUUGGAAAGAAAAUAUGACGCAAUUGGAAAUUGGACACUUUUACUCGAGACUAGCAGAAGUAUUUAUUUUGCAAGUGGGUGUUACUUUGGGAGCAUACAUGUUCUCGGAUGCAUUAUUCAAAACGAAUCAAGAAUUCACAAAACAACAAGUGGAAAUUGCAAAAGAAAAAGUGAGAAGUUCAGAAAAAACAAAAUUCAUUGCUAAUUUGAGUCAUGAAGCAAGAAAUCCUCUCCAUUGCAUAACGGGAAGUUUGCAAGUGUUGCAUCACCAAUUUGAAGGUGAGAAAUGUGUUAAUGGCUGUAAGCAUUGCAUCCUAAAAAACUCUUCAAUUUCUGAAACGAUGGAAGAUAUUAAGGAAAAUGCCAAUUUACUCUUACAUAUCUUAUCUUCAUCUCUACAGAUGAGCUCUCUUGAAAUUGGAUCAACAGUAAUGAAAUCAGAGCCAUUUUCAAUAGUUGCUCUGGUGGAUUCGUUAGUUGGCCUCUUUUCUCAUCUUUCUCAUGAAAAGAAAAUUGCGUUACAUGCUUUUUGUAAUGUUUCUUCUUUACCAUCAACCCUCAAAGGAGAUUCGAUUCGAAUUAGCCAGGUAGUAAUGAAUUUGAUUUCGAACGCCAUUAAAUAUACAAAACAUGGAUACGUGAGAGUGAACUGUGAUAUUUGCACUGAGCAAGAUUUAACAGAAUUUGACAAGAACAUUCGCUCUCGAUUGGCUCAAAAUUCCACUUUUGUUAAACUUGAAUGUAUUGAUACAGGAUGUGGUAUUUCACAAGAUCAAAUCCAUAACUUGUUUCAGCCUUUCCAUAUAAUAGAAAAGCAUGAAGACAUCAAAUUAGGAUUUGAUCAAUAUUUUAAGCAAACAGAAAACAUUAACAAAUUAGGAGAGGGUGGAAGUAGUUUGAUAUACACCAAUAGAAAUGGGCUUGGGUUGAGUAUUGCAAAGUUACUCGUUGAUAAAAUGAAUGGCCAAAUAACGGUUAAAAGUGUAGCUAAUGAAGGAACCACUAUGACCAUAAUUUUACCACUGGAAAAAGCAGAAGGAAACCAUGACCUCAAAAUCCCUUUAGAAGCGAAUCCUACUAAAACAGCCUGGAUCAUUGAUAGUGAUGGAUGCUUUAGAGAUGUGUUAAAAUGCUAUCUAAAAUUAUUUCAACUAUAUCACGAAAUUCUUGAAUUCGAGAACAGUCAAAACAUUGCAUCAUUAUUGCAGACAACCACUCCAGAUAUUGUAUUUCUUGUGGAAUCAGAGUUUGAGCGUAUAUGCAACGAAUGUCCAACCCUCAAUUUUGUCAUAACCACCGAUCGAGGAGCAAGACGCAAAUAUUCAGAUUCAUGCUAUCUUUCAAAGCCAGUGAGAUUUAAUGAUCUUCGAGAGACAUUAGAGAACUUCAUAGAUGUAGAUGUUCACAAGUUGAAAAACGACGAAGAAACAAGACAAUUCAAAGAACUCGACGCCAAUGAUAACGACAUCAAAUUUGAUGAAUAUUCUGUCUUGCUUGCUGAUGACAAUGAUGUGAACAGGAAAGUACUUGAGAAAAUGCUGAAAAUAAUUGGAUUUAAGGACAUAGAUCAAGCAAAGGAUGGUAUGGAAUGUUUUGAGAAAUACAAACAUAAAUCAUACAAUCUGAUUCUAUUAGACUGUGUGAUGCCAAUUUUGAGUGGUAAAGAAGCUUGUGAAAUGAUACGACGAGCAGAGCGCCAAGGCAAUUAUCACACAACAGCAAGUAUUGUUGCUGUAACUGCGAACACAUGGGAAUUGAAAGAACAGCUGUUGUCUCAAGGUUUUGAUGAAGUUGCAUACAAGCCAAUAAUGUUACAAAGUUUUAAGGAGCUCUUGGUGAAAGUACUGAAGAGCAAACGGUAA